UUAAUCGGAGGAUCAAGUUAAUCGGAGACUGUGAAAUCGGCCCUUACUGCGUAAUUUACAAAAUAAUAAAUUGUGGUAUAAAAAACUAUAGCCUGAUCUGGCUUCCAAGAUGCUGCCGCGUCCUUCAUGGAUUUGAUUCCGACGUUUCACCUAUGAAAAACGCGAAUCAGAUUAAGUGCAACUAGGCAUACUAAACAUAUAGAUACAAUGGUUGCACCUGAUGCUACUGAGGAAGAUGUUCGUCAGUCAAUUGGCCGAGCUAAAACAUGGGAACCAAAGCAGCAGAAUGAAAGUAAUUUAGAUCUUCAUGAACAUAUGUUUGAAACGGAAGAAACCUCUAUUUUGAAUGAAAGUGGUAAACAAAGUGAAGCUUCUUUAACUGAUGUGGAAGAUAACAGUAACAACCACUUUCCUGAUAUUAAUAAUAAAAAACUAGUUCCUUAUGUUAAAGACUCAGAUGAUAAUUCGUCAUAGUAGCCUAUAAUGUCAUUAAAAAAAAAUUGACGAAUGUAGGUAUUGCGCUUUAUAUAUUAAAAGUAAUAUUUUUAUUUUUCCUCCACA